AAAUUCCUGCUUUAUGCAUUUCGAGCAUUUUGUCGCUGACUGCAAAGUUCAUGAAACAACUUUGAAGGGAGGCUAUUCAUUAUUCUGUGACGGCACUUUGCUGUUUUCGAUGUGCGCCUUGUUAAAUCAACUUGACGUUGAACUCCGCACUUUAGAUUACUGGUUAAUUAAGCCCAUUCACCUACGACCCUCUCUUCUUAUGAAAAUGCAAAGUGUGGUACACAGCAGUGUCCAGGCGGGUAAAUAGGGGUGUGUUUGCUCUGCUACAACAUUGGUUAGCCGCUUGUCAAUGUUCAGUCACGUGGUGUCACACGGACGGCCAUGUUUCCGAAACACAAACAACAAGAAGAGCAGCGACCAGCAGCCAGCAGACACAUACUGAUACGCAGCAGCGACCGUUGGAGGAGAGGGGCAAAAAAAUAAUACAUAAAACACAGAGCACGACUUUCUGAAAGUACGAUUCUGUCGAGUGAAUACGUUUACAGUGUUUAAAGAGACCAAUGCAUACAAUAUAUUGGCUGUAGACACGCCGGUCUGGUAGCUACAAACAGUGAAGUGGUGCAAAGGGAGGAGGACAGGAAAUAAAGGAGUUACCUGGAGGGUCUCCGUCAAUCCACAUUUCAGUUGGAGCGCGAGAAAAAGGCACAGAGGGAGAGAGAGAAAGGAGAAAGAGGAGUGCGAGUCGCGUCUGCUCUUGGCAGCUGUUCCAGCAGCCUGUUUCAUUGUUUCGGCUGUUAUUUCGUUCCUGCGUUACCUUUUUGAUGAAUCAGUUCAUAUUUUUAACUUUAAUGUGAGAUAUAACUGCUGUAUAUAUAUAUAUAAAACAAAAAAAAAACAGAAAAAAAAGAGAGAGAGAAAACAUUAUUACUAGCAAGAGUGUUUUAUUUUGUUCCAUCGUUAAUUUCCAAGGUUCUUUUCGUUUCUUUUUUAUGUUUAACAACCUUUUUCGGCUGUGAGUAGCAGGAGCUUCCAUUCUCCAAACUAUUGUCGAACCCCCUUCCUUACCUAGUUAGGACCUGAUAACCUGGUAUUCCUCAAGCACCUGAAACUGGCAGCUAUUCUCUUUGUGUCUGUGUGUUUGGGGAGCUCUGUGACCACAGCUUAAGCACCACUCAGCCUUCUAGUCACCUAAGCCUAACUAAAUCCAGCCAGCUCUAGCCUGGUCCAGCCCAGUCCAGCCUGCUCCGAUCAUCUGGACAGGAUACUCAGUUCUGUGUGGACGUGAGGAAUAUGACUGCUGAGACUCUUAACUUCGGCCCAGAAUGGCUCCGUGCACUGUCCAGUGGGGGGAGUGUGACGUCCCCCCCUCCUUCCCCCGCCAUGCCAAAGUACAAGCUGGCCGAGUAUCGCUACGGCCGAGAGGAGAUGUUAGCACUUUAUAUCAAAGACAACAAGGUCCCAGAGGACAUGCAGGAUAAGGAGUUUGCUGCUAUUCUGCAAGAUGAGCCCAUGCAGCCACUGGCACUAGUGCCUCUCACUGAGGAGGAGCAGAGGAACUUCUCCAUGUCUGUGAACAGUGUGGCGGUGCUGAGGCUCAUGGGAAAAGGGGUGGGUGGGGCUGCCCCGGCUGGAGUGGUGCGAGGACGAGGGGCCACACGAGGCGGUCGAGGCCGAGGCCGUGGUGAAGGUGGAUUCUACCAAAGAAGUAUUGAAGAUGCGGAGGUGGGUUUUGGCCGCAGCGUCCGAGAGAUACAUCGCAGCCAGAGCUGGGAUGACCGGGGUGAGCGUCGAUUUGAGAAGCCGCUGCGGCGGGAGGUGGGGCGUCCUGGCUUUGAGGAGACAGGAGGUCCCGGGGGCCCAGGGAGGAAGGAGUUUACAAGGGCUGACAGCGAUAAUUGGCGCACCCUCCGGGAGGAGCAGGAGGAGGACGAGGGGGAGCCAGGCAGCAACUGGAGACUUGCUGGACCCCGCAGGGAUGAUGGUGGUCCUCGCUCAGCAGGCUGGCGGGACCAUGGUGGUCCAGGUGAGAGUCGUCGAAGGAAGUUUGAUUUCGACUUCCGGGACUCUGACGGUCACGGUGGUGGCCGCCGGCGUGCAGGCAGUGAGGGACUAGAGGACGACAGGGACGGCCUGCCCGAGUGGUGUACAGAUGAGGAAGACGGGGAGAUGGGCACUUUUGACUCGUCUGGAGCUUUCAUGCCUAUGAAGAAGGGUGGCAAGGAGACAAUCCUGGAGGAGGAGUUAGAGUUUAAGGGGAUAGAGGAGGAGGAAGAGGAGGAGAGCCUCGCUGACAUCGAGAGGAACAGCGCUGAAGGAGACAAAGAUAAAGAGAGUAAAGAAGCCGGCUCUGCUGUGGUUGAUGGGGAGACAAAGCCAGCAUCACCCUCAACCUCUCCUCCAACCCACUGUACCCCUCCAUCUCUGGAGCUCCUACCCAGCAACACUGGCCCAGUGGUGGACAAUACCCAGCUGAGCAACAGCCACCCUGUUAAGGCCGGCAGCACGCCUAGUGAAGACGUGGCUCCGGUAGGGGGCUCCAAGGCCCAGCUGAGCCCCAGCGCCUCCACCUCCUCCACUCUGCCUCCCCCACCCCCUUCCUCUGCUGCUCCUCUCCUCCCACCGUCUGGAGGAGACACCGAGGACGAUGAGGGCAUGAAACACCUGCAGCAGGAGGCAGAGAAGAUGGUGGCAUCACUUCAGGACACUUCUCUGGAGGAGGAGUGUUUCACCCAGGCUCUGCAGCAGCAGCAGGAGAGCAGGAACACAGCAGCCGCUCUGCCGCUAUCUCAUGAGGCCGCCAUGAAGUGGUUCUACAAGGACCCGCAGGGAGAGAUCCAGGGUCCGUUCACCACUGUGGAGAUGUGCGAGUGGUUCCAGGCUGGCUACUUCACCAUGACCCUGCUGGUGAAGCGGGGCUGUGACGAGGGCUUCCAACCCCUGGGGGACGUCAUCAAGAUGUGGGGCCGCGUGCCCUUCGCCCCAGGGCCCUCCCCGCCGCCCCUGCUGGUGAGACCGCCACCACCAACGCAGCGCCCGCAGCCCACCCGGGGGCCCGCCGGGACUGUGAGUCAGAGCUCAGCCAACAUAGAGGAUGGGAAGGGGAGGAUGCAGAGGAGAGGGAAGAUUGAUAGACAGGUCACGGGAAACCUGGACCAGGAGCGCCUGAAAAAGCAACAGGAGCUGGCAGCGGCAGCUCUUUAUCAGCAGCUCCAACAGCAGCAGCUAUUCCAGCUCAUUAACAGGUGCAGUGAGCAGGGUAUGAUGCCUUCGAUGAACAGGUCGAUGUCAGUGCCAGAUACAGGGUCCAUGUGGGACAUGCAUACCUCAGCUUCACAGCCGUCAGGCGGUGAAGCCAGUCUUUGGGACAUAACAAUGAAUCCUUCUACUCAGGGUCCAACUCUCGAACAGCUUCAAAAGCUCCAGCAGGAGAGGCGAGACGCUGAACUCAGGGCGAAGCGUGAGGAGGAGGAGCAGCGAAAGAGGAGGGAGGAGAAGAGGAGGCAACAGGAGGAGCAGAAGAGGAGGGAGGAGGAGGAGCUCUUCAGACGCAAGCAGUGUCGUCAGCAGCAGGAGCUGAUCAUGAAGUUGCUGCAGCAGGCCCCCCAGCAGCAGGGGCCUGGGGCAGGCGGCUCAAGCUGGAGCGGGGCUUCCUCCUCUGGGCUCGCCAAGUCAGGAAAGCCCCCGGCUCUUGCUCUGCUGGAAAUGCAGCAGGAGGCCGAGAGGCUUCUGAAGCAACAGCAGCAACAACAGAGAGCCCAGCAGCAAAGAGAUCGCCACCCCGGCAUGUCGAUGGGAAGUUCUUCCAUUGGAGGGCAGUGGGUGGAGGGUGUUGGCAUGUGGGGCGGGCCUGGAAGUAUGGAGAGCAAGAGCAGCAGUGGAGUCUCUUCAGGCACCAUGGGCAUGUGGGACGAGGCUGUGAAGAACCAGGCCGGCCUGCGUGGCAACAGCAACAACAACAUGGGCUUGAAGAACAGCCGCAGCAGCCCAUCACUCAGUGAUCAGUACAUGAUGCGUCGUAAGCGGACAGAAGAGGAGGAGAAGCUGCUGAAGCUGUUGCAGGGCAUGAAGCCUCAGGACGGCUUCACCACCUGGUGUGAACAGAUGCUGCACGCUCUCAACACCUCUGCCAACAACUCCUCUUCCUCUCUGGAUGUUGCCACAAUUGUGGCAUACCUGAAGGAGGUGGAGUCUCCCUAUGCAGUGCUGGACUUCAUCCGGUCCUACCUAGGGGACACAGUGGAAGCCAAAGAGUUCGCCAAACAGUUUCUGGAGCGACGUGCCAAACAGAAAGCCAACCAACAGAGACAGCAGCAGCAGUUAUCAAAGGAAGUGGCUGGAUUGAACAUGAACUUCCCUCUGCAGGACUCAAUGCGAGGUAUGAAUCCAAGCACCCUGCAAUCCAUGUUCCAAGCCAACCACAUGGGCAAGGCUGGUCUCUAUGACAACCAGGGGGGAAAGAUGAAGAAGAAACAGCCCAUGAUGCUGCAUUCUGACCCCAGCAUCUUAGGGUACUCAUUCCACAACGCGGGCGACUGUCUGAGCCUGAAUGAGAUGGAGAUGGUGGAGGAUUACUGAUGUGACGCAGCGCAGCAGCAAUAGCUACCUGAGGCCUUCUGUCUUUUAAUCAGACAAACCUGAUGACGAAUGUGCACUGCUGGGGGAAA